GGACUUCCUGUGCCCAGGCAGCAGAUAGAAGGUGCCCACGGCCGCCAUGCGGGGAAGAGGGCGGCCGCGACCCGUCCCUCGCUCCCGCAUCCCGGCGCCGCCCUCGCCGCCACGCUGCUGCGUCCCCGGCUGCGCCACUGCGCCCAGCCGCCGGCUGCACCCGCUGCCCCGCGGCCUCGGCCUCCGCCAGCGAUGGGUGCAGGCUAUCGUCGGCCGGCGGCCCGAGGCGGAGAGGAGGAAGUGCAGCCUCCAGCUCCUGCGAAUCCGCCGUCCUUACAUCUGCUCCAGCCACUUCCAGCCGGGCGAGGAGGUGACGGCUGAAACCCUGCCUUCCAUCUUUCCCCCGCCCUCUCCCUCCUCUCCCCAUUCUUCCUCCCCUCACCCCGUUCCCCCCACUUCAGACACCCCUCCUCCUGCUGCAACACCACCUCCUCCCCCGAUGGCCCCGGGAGAGGCCGCGCCUGAUCCUGCCAGGGGCCGGAUCGGGGACCUGGUGUUGGCAGCCGAGCUGAUGGAGAUGGUGAGCGAGACGGUACGCCACGCUCAAGAGGAGGGCGGCCGUCUGGAGCAGGCAUUCGGGCACGACCACGGGGCCUACGUGGUGCCCGACGACCCCUGCACCCUGAAGCGGAUGGUGAAGGAGAUGAAGGAUACGGUGCACAGCCAGAACGGCCGGCUGGCGGCCCUGCAGCGAGAGCUGGCCUCUGUGCUGGCUCAGUACAAGGAGCUGAAGGAACGCUACGAACACGAGCGGCGGACGGUGGCGGUGGAACUGACGGCGCAGCUCAGCCAGCUGCAGAUGCAGAACGCCAGCCUGAGGAUGGAGCGGGAGGACCUGGAGCGGCGGCUGCGCAAGGUGCAGGAGCAGGCCGACUCGGCCGCCGGCACCGUGCUCUUCCUGAGCCGCCAGCUGAAGGAGCGGGAGGGCCGCGCCAGGGCUGCCGCCUUCUCCGUGGAGGGCAUGCGUCCCGGCCGCAAGUGGCUGCGCUUCUACACCGGCUUCGACAGCCACGAGCGCUUCGUCGACUUCAUGAACUUUGUUACGCGGGACAGCAGCCCCCGCACCCUGUCCAGCAGGGGAUCCAAGUCCAAGGGCUGUUCGCAGGUCACCCUCAGCCCGGCCGACCAGCUGCUGCUCGUCAUGAGCCGCCUGCGGCUCGGGCUGCUGCUCCAGGACCUGGCCUACCGCUUCCGCGUCUCCGAGACCACCGUCUCCCGCAUCUGGCUCAGCUGGACAGAGAUCAUCCAGCAGCGCCUCACGCAGAUUCCCGUGGUGUGCAGCCCCAAGUACCUGGACGCUUUCGAGCCCAAGCGGACCAUCCAGCACCGGGGCACCACCCUCACCGUUUUGGAGUGCACAGACCUCUUCUUCGAGGGCCAGACCAAGGAGCGGACACGCCUGGGCCCUACCCAACCCUAUCGUGCCCACUACGUCCGGCGGGGCUACGCGCUAGCCUCCGCCAACGGCUACAUGACCUUCGUCUCCAGCCUCGCCUUCGGCCUCCGGGCGCGGGCCGGCGAGAGGGGGCUGCUGGAGGAGCAGGUGGACAUGGAGGAUGAUGAUGAGGACGAGGAGCGGGAGAGCGAGGAGGACGAAGAGGACGAGGAGACACGACUCCGCUUGCCCGAUUUCUUCCAUGAUGGCUCACCCACAGAGGAGCAGCGGGCAACCUCAAGGGAGGUUCUGAGUGUCCGAAGUCACAUUGACAAGGUGCUGAAUUACCGUUUCCUCAAGUGUGUCUACCCACGGACCAUGGAGGACCAGGUGGACCGCGCCUGGACAAUCUGCUGCUACCUGGCCUGCCUCCUGCACGAACCCAUGGGGCUGCGGUAAAUGCCCCACUCUACCAGCGAGCCUGGGUGAAGCUCCUGAGUGAGAGGGUAAAGGGCCUACUCAUUUUUGCCCAGGGAUGGUGGUGAGGGAAAGGGGGAGUGAGGAAUCUAAGGGAAGGGUGCUUGGGGGGGGG